CAGGCUCCUCCUACCCCCAAGAAAGGCAAUGGGGGUGAGGCUCCGAGCCUGGCACUGGCCGCCGGCUCCCCAUUCAAUCUCCCGCCGUCCCCGGCCUCUCGGGGCGGCGCUUCCCAGCCUGCUGGCCGGAGGGUCCCGGAAGGGGUCUCCAGCUGCGCGGGGCCCGGGCCAGGGGACAAAGGAGAAGCGGGCCGGGGCCGGCUCAGGGCCUGCCUCACCGCCGGGGCUCAGCCGGCCGCGCACGUGUCCGCAGACGUCCGGUGACAGCCCCCGUGUGCCCACAGAGCCCGGCCUCCCCCUUGGGCUCGGGCCGCGGGACCCACCCUCGGGGACACGUGUGUGCGGGGCGCGCCGGCACGGUCGGGGCCGAGCACGGCCUCUCCCGCCAGGGCAGCGCCGGGUCCGGGACCCCCGCCCCAGCCCGCGUGGCCCCGGCAGCUGUCACCUCCCCGGGCCGCCGCGGCCCCGCUCGGACGCGCGUAGCGAAGGGAGCCGCGGGGCGGACACUCACCGGCGCCGCCGCCGCCGCCGCGCUCGCCUCCCCGCCGCGCCGCGCGCUCCGCCCCUCGGCCUCCGCCGGGCUUCGGCUCCCCCUGCCGGCCGCAGAGACGACUGCGCCGGCCAGGCCUCAGGCCCCUGCAGGGACAAGGACCCGCGGGGCGCGGGCAGGUGGCAGAGCGCCGGUGGAUAA